AUAAUUUUUUUUAGACAUGCGUAAGGUUGAGAAAAAGGUUUUACGGGUUGCGGAUGUUUAUGGUGUUGCUUGAGUGAAAUAGUGAACAAAAUAACUUUCAUAAAAAUACAUAUUCAUUUAACCAAUUAGAUUGCUAAAUAAUUGUAAUUAUUUCAUCAUCACUUUUUAAUUGAGAAAUUCAAUUGAUUUGGUUUUAAUGAGGUUUAUUUUUGGAAUAACUAGAGAGUAUAUUAGUCAGUGUAAUAACUAUUGCUAGUAAAAAAAAAUCAAUUACUUCAUAUCCGGUUUUACUCAAUAUAAAUUCAGGUGUUAAUAAUAUGUCUGAAGAGCAUCAAUUACCAUCAGAUUCUGAUGAAGAUGAUGAAGAUUACGUUCCUGAGGGAGCUGAGCAAGUAGGAUCAGAAGCGGAAUCUGAAGGAGAAAUAGAAGAUGAGAGUGGACCUGAGGAUGAAAAUGACGAGAAUGAACAGAAUUCGAAAAAACAAAAGAAGAGAGGUAGAAAAGGAAAAAAGAAUAAAGCUCAUAAGCGUAAAAAGAUUGAAUCUAAAGAUAUUGAAAGUGAAGAUGAAGAGGAGAAAAAUGAAACUAAAGUUAUAAGUGAAGAAGAAGAAAAAGUACGUGCAGAUUCUCUUUGGGCAGAUUUUAUGAAAGAUACUGGAACUGUCUCAAAACCAAAACCGCAGAAAUCAUCAAAUAGCUCGCAAGUAAAUAAUCCAGUUGUAAGGCCUAAAGUUGAAGAGAAAGUUAAAAUCACAAAAAUAUUUGAAUUUGCUGGUGAAGAAGUUAAAGUUGAGCAACAUGUUCCCGCAGAUUCUGCAGAAGCUAGACUGGUAUUAUCUUCAACAGAAAAAUCAUUGAAUCAACCAGAAUUAAAAAGUGAUUCAAGAAAAGAUGUUAAAAAAACUCGUGGAGGUGGUCUUGGUGGAAUAUCUUCAGUUUUAGGACAAAUUGGGAAGAAGGCAAAGAUCAGUACUCUAGAAAAAUCAAAGCUUGAUUGGGAUAACUUUAAAAAGGAAGAAAAUCUCGAUGAAGAAAUAACAAAUUUCAAUCGUGGCAAAGAUGGUUAUUUAGAACGUCAGGACUUUCUUCAACGUGCAGACGUUCGUCAAUUUGAGAUUGAAAAACAACUGAGAACAAUAGGAAGACGAAGCACACGAUGAACCGUUUUUAAUAAUGUUUUAGAUUUUGCAUAACAGAUGUUCAGUGUCGCUGAAUAUGGAACGAAAAUGAUAAUAACUGCCUUUUAAGUUAUAGGAUCAAGUAUUAAUCAUUCCAAGAGAUCAAAAGGACGUAAUAAACUUUUUAAUUAAAAAUAUAAUCUUAAUAAUUUGCCAUUUAAAUAACUUAAGAUUUUUCAACUGUUGUACCAACAAAUACAAAUGCAUUACCAAUUUCAAUUGACUCAAGGCCAAUUAAUAAACAAUCCAGAAUGGCCCAUAGA